AUGCCGCUAUCUCCACCCCUGCCCGCCCCCGUGACUCUAUGGCUCAGCGCUCCUGUGUCUCUACGCCCCGGCCUGCCCCAUGACUCUCUGCCGUUUGAUCAGCUGCAGCAGAAACACAUUCGCCCGCACCACUUCUGCUUGCCUGUGUUGAAGCGGGAGACACACCGCCAAGCGAUAGUGGAAGCAGUGACGGGCGGCAGCACUCGUUUCUUUCUCGGCACCGACAGCGCGCCUCACGAGCGGGCCACUAAGGAGGCGCCAUGUAGCUGUGCCGGGAUCUUCUCUGCGCACGCCGCCCUGCCUCUUUACGCCCGGGCAUACGAGCAGGUGAGUGUGAGGUGUUACUGA